AUGCUGAAGCAAACAACCAUUCUUACAGCGACCACAGCAGCAUCAGCAAUGCUGUCACUGUCAUUCACAAUGAAUUCCAUGUCCAUGAUGGCAAACGCCGAAUUGGUUUCCUUUCCAUUGAUUCCGCAUCACGUCCAACGGGCCCGACGCUUGAAGGAAGAAGGAUUUGCUGCGCUGGUAGAAGAAGAUAAUCACAACCUCCGUCGCCGUGCGGAAGCCUUGCAAGUCGGUGCCUUGUAUCACGGCUAUGGCACCCAUUACAUUGAUUUGUGGUGCGGAAGCCCUCCCCAACGGCAGACAGUCAUUGUCGAUACGGGAAGUGGAGUGACUGCCUUUCCGUGCAGUGCCUGUAGUGACUGUGGAUCUCCCAAGUACCACAUUGAUAAUUAUUUCAACGAGGGAGAAUCUACCACAUUUAGCAAGGUGGACUGCAGUAGCUGCAUGCGAGGUACCUGUUCGAACAAUAAGGAAUGUCGGAUUACCAUGUCCUAUCAAGAGGGAUCCAGUUGGACAGCCUACGAGGCUCGUGAUCAAUGUUAUGUGGGAGGAAUGCACAAUGUGGCCUUGCUAGAAGACAAGGGAACAGAAGAUAUUGAUCCGCAACAUGCCAAGGCCUUUUCGGUCGAAUUGGACUUUGGUUGUCAAACCAAGAUUACCGGUCUUUUCAAGACUCAAUUGGCCGACGGUAUUAUGGGUAUGGAAGAUACCCAAACGUCUUUUUGGAAACAAAUGUUUGACGCUGGUAAGGGAGGAGAUGACAAACAAUUCUCCCUUUGCUUUUCGAGACCAUUGGGUGCGUCACGCGAAGGAACCGAAGCCGGAGCCAUGACCUUGGGAGGAACAGAUACUCGCUUGCACAAAACUCCCAUGGUGUUUGCUUCUAGAAUCAACAAGAAUGGAUUCUUCAGUGUCCACGUUCGAAGGGUAUACUUGCGUCAUGGAGACGGAGGCGAAUCCGCUCGAUCCUCCAAUCCAGAUGCCAAGGUCAUUCAAUUGGAUGUAGCAGAAACGAACUUGAAUACUGGUGGACUCAUUGUGGAUUCUGGAACUACGGAUACGUAUUUCAAUGGAGUCAUCUCGGCAAAGUUCCGUGCUGCGUUCAAGGACUUGACGGGAGGUAGGCAAUACAACAACAAGAAAUGGGAUUUGCAAAGUGGUGACUUGGAAUCCUUGCCAACCAUAUUGAUCCAAUUGGAGGGAGAUCUAGACUCCAACAAGCCAUUGGGUGAUGCGGCGAAUGUUGUUGGAUUGGCGGGUGAUAUGGAUGCGGAACAUCCAUAUGAUAUCAUCAUUGCCAUUCCACCAUCGCACUACAUGGAAUUGGAUGACAGUGGCAAGUACACACCAAGAUUCUACGAUAAUGAACAUGGUGGCAGUGUCCUAGGGGCCAAUGUCAUGAUGGGACAUGAGGUCCUUUUCAAUGUUGACAAACAAGUCAUUGGAUGGGCAGAAUCUUCUUGUGACUACUAUACUUUGGUCACGAGCAAUGGAUUUCAGGAUGCCUUGUCUGUUGCAGGAAUGGAUUUGGAAACCACAAUGCCAGGGCAACCAGACGAGCUCGACCCAGCUACAACCAAUGAGGAGCAGCCUGUAGGAGAAGGAGAGGAAACGGAGGAAGGUUCUGAUGGAGCAUUUGAUACGGACGAUGAAACUAUCAACGAUUCUUCCAUCUUUCCUACUGAGGAUAUCAAGGCUGAACUCCAAAAGAUGGCAGAUUCCUGUGAGUCUUGGUGGUGUCGUGGAGGACUGGUGCUUUCUCUGAUCUCGAUUUGCUGCUUCGGAUGCUGCGUGGGACGGAUCUGUUGGUGCCGAUCCAAAAAAGUCCAAUAUGAACGGGCGGAAGUCGAACUGAAUGGGUCCUUUACUGUGGAUGGUAAGACUUAUCGAGACGAUCCAGUGGGCGAUGAAUAUGGAGAGUUUGAAUUAAAGUAA